CGCCGCCGGCCAUGGCCCGGGACUACGACCACCUCUUCAAGCUCCUCAUCAUCGGCGACAGCGGCGUUGGCAAGAGCAGUUUGCUGUUACGUUUUGCUGACAACACUUUCUCAGGCAGUUACAUCACCACGAUUGGAGUAGACUUCAAAAUCCGGACAGUAGAGAUUAACGGGGAAAAAGUCAAGCUGCAGAUCUGGGAUACCGCUGGGCAAGAACGCUUCCGGACUAUCACAUCAACGUACUACAGAGGGACACACGGGGUCAUUGUGGUUUAUGAUGUCACAAGCGCUGAAUCCUUCGUGAAUGUCAAACGGUGGUUGCAUGAAAUAAACCAGAAUUGUGAUGAUGUUUGCCGAAUAUUAGUUGGCAAUAAGAAUGAUGAUCCAGAACGGAAAGUGGUAGAAACUGAAGACGCCUAUAAAUUUGCUGGGCAGAUGGGGAUCCAGCUGUUUGAGACCAGCGCCAAAGAGAACAUUAAUGUGGAAGAGAUGUUCAACUGCAUCACGGAGUUGGUUCUGCGGGCCAAGAAAGACAACUUAGCAAAGCAGCAGCAACAACAACAGAACGACGUGGUGAAGUUAACGAAGAACAGUAAACGGAAGAAGCGGUGCUGCUAAUGUCCUCCUCCCCUGCGGCAGAGACUGCAUGCUUGGGCAGCUCAGUUCAGCGCAGCCCUUCCAGCCAGACACGGGCGAUUCCACUGGCCUUGGACUCGGGAGGACAUUGCAUUUCCUCACUCUGUGCCGUUAUUGAAAUGAGUUUUCUCCCACGUUUUCGGUCAGGAGGCACACCCUGCCAGAAUAGUGCCAAGAAGGUAUUGGACGGAGGCGAUUCUGCCCCCGCUCCGUCCUACUCUUUUUCAAGAGCAUCGUACAGACAGAACGUGGGUUUGCCUACCAAGUGGACUUUUGAUCCUAAAAGUAUGUACAUAAUGUAUAUUGGCUUUAACCAGCUGCGCCUCCCUGAUGUUGCUUUGCCUUCUGCCUUCUUGAUGUCACCAAUCAUGACUUGUUUGGAAUUUACCUUUUCCCUCACCCACUCCUAUCCCUCCCUCCAGAAAUACAGUACAGUGAUGCCCUUAAAUGAAGUUACCAUUCCGGGCAUGCACUUCCCUUCACCUUUUGAUUUUCAAGCUAGGAGUGGUGUCUUGAGUGCUUUCAGGCUGCACUGAGAUCCUUUCUCCAAAAUUCUGGAAUAGCCAAUAUUUUUGGAGGGCGGGGGCCAGUUUUGCAGAAAAGCCGGGCUCUUUUCCGCCCACUGGGAGGGGAUUGAGCAUUUAACACCUAGUAUUAUUAAAAUGAACCUUUGGGAGCCGAGAAAUGUUAAAACUCGUGUUCCCAUUUUGUGCAGGAGAGAAAGUACUCCCAUGCGCCUGUAAUCAUCUGCGGAUCCAGGUGUUGGCAUGGGUGAGCUGUUUAUCAACCCAGCAGUCCAGUUUCCGAUUGUUUGAAGUGUGGGUUGUUUUCUCUAAGGUGACCAUUACUGUCCUGCCAAACAGUUACAGGAGUGUGAAUCAGUCAUAUCUUCUCAACUCAACCGCUGUUGUCAUUAUUGUGUACCCAGGUAUAAAGUGUGGACUUAAAACCGCAAUUCUAAUGGGCAGAGUCCUUGCGCAGCUGUUGCCGCUGCAUUUUUAAGAGCUGGAAUGUCUGGGAAGGGGAAAUUUUGGCCUUUUUCAAAUGUGGACUCCUUCCAGUGUCCUUCAGCUUCGAACAGAAGCUCUCUCAAGUAUGAAGAAAUCAAGAGAAGCUACUUGUUGUGGUGUGAUCCCCUUGACUGGACCGCUUCAGCCUAGGUAAGGCUGAAAUGGAGAGGGAAUUUAUAUGCCACAUGGGGGGCUCCCGUCGGAGAAGAAUCAGGGCUCUGCUCCUCAGCAGUUAAAAACUGACCCACCGAGCCCUAACCAAAAUGACUCCUUACAGCCUGGAAUCUUAGGAUGACAAUACUCACGUUUAAUGAGAUAUCCUACAGCAUCAGAACAUUUGGACUUUGAAUCAUGUAAGAAGGGCUAAGUUGAAAUUCCUUAUUUAUUGUUCUGUUUGCCUUUAAGAACAAAGAACAACAAACCCUUCAGUUGUACCAGCCCCGAUCCUACAAUCCCAUCACGGGCGGGCAGCCAGUCUGGCCCUUUGCCCUCUCGGAAGCCGUGAAGGUGUUCUCAAAACGAUCCCUUUCCAGCUCAACUCCUCUUUCACCACCAACAUCUCUCUCUCUCUGCACCUCUUGUGCGUGGCUGCUUCUUCGGAACUGAAGCAUGGGGAUGGAGCGGUCCUCUCUGGAAGAAACAGCUGGCCUAAGAGGUCCGUAGGAGUGAUGGAGGAUACUGAUGGUUCAGUACGGAAGGGCUGAAGCCCCUGCCGUGCUCCUACGAUCUCUUGCCGCUCUGGGCACUGGUGUGGACGUGCAAUCCAGUCCAGCAAUCCAGUUUCUGAUUGUUUGAAGUGUGGGGUGUUUUCUCCGAGGCGGCCACUCGUAGCCUCUCUCCAGCUCUUCUCCAUGCUCGGUGCUGCUGUUUAACCUUCCAUUUGUUUUAAAGGAGGCCGUGCAGCAGUAGUUACUUGGUGGGUGGUGUCCGUGGAUGGUGCCUGUGGAGUAUUAGAGAAAGGUGUGGGGCGGGGUGGGGGGCGGGAAGGGGCGGGGCGGCGUCUUUAGCAGUGCUGAUGUCAAGCGGUGGAAUGUCUAACUGGUUUGCUAGGAUUCUUUCUGUAUAUUGAAACUUUCUAAUUAUGCUUUUUAAUAAUUUUAAAAAACUAAAAAUAAAGAUGCCAAGCUGCCAAAUCUUC